AUGAAGUUCCAACUCGCUACCGCUCUCCUCGCUGGCACUGCCGCCGCCGUCCCUACCUGGCCUCACCCUCACCCUCACAAGACCAACUGGACCGCCCCCGCUGUUCCUGAGCUCGACAAGCGCGUUGUCGACCCCGUCUCCAUCGCCAUCAUCGGAGGUGUUGUCUCUGGUAUUGUCGGUGUUUCCGGCACUGCUGCCCUCAACAUCGCUAAGGAUGCCAUUGACUGGAACGCUGCCCGUGAGGCUUUCACCCAGGCCACUGUCGCCGAGAUGAUCAAGCGCGCCGGCCCCGGCGAGGCUGCCGUCUGCUACAACAAGGGCUACGAGGUCACCAAGCCCAACCAGAUGCGCGAGCUCUCUUCUGUCCGCUUCAAGUCUGGUGUCCUCAACACCGACUACGACUGCUUCCUCAUGUCCGGCCCCGACAACUCCUUCUACAGCCGCGGUGACGGUGGCUACAUCAACCUUGCCAUCCAAUCCCCCUCCAACUGCAAGUUCGACAGCGCUACCUCCGACCUUUACUGCGCAUAG